AUGGUAUCACAAGAAUCUUUGUUGAAUAAUCGCACGAUCAAUGUACAAAAAACAUGCGUCGAAGCAGAGGGUCUAAGGGUUAAAGCUGCAAAGAUCGGACUUGUUUCUUCAGUACUUGGUUCAGAGCUCUCGGACGCAAAUCACUCGGCAUCAAAAUGGAAACAGGAGGCUCAAAGUCUUUUUGGUCUCAAAAGGCUGGUACGUGCCUACUUCAAAAGUGGCAAACUUUAUGCUAGAGGGGAUCAUUCUGUCUCGGAUGAUAACAUAAAGCCUCGAAAACAUUUUAAAAGCCCAGGAAAACAUCUGUCAGAUGGAACGAUGAUCAAAGUUUGCAAUCGCCUGCCACAAAAGAGACAAAUCCACUCCAUUUCUGUGGAAUCCUUGCUGGAACAUAGAAAGAAUGUCGCGGGAGAGAGAAUUUCAAGGAUGUCCGCAAUAAAUGGUACAAGUGAGGGCCUAUCAAGUUAUCACGAUCACAAAACUGCUAGAGGGGCCACCAUUCAUGAUUUUACGAUGGUCCAAAAAAACACAGUUCCUACUGUGGUUCUACAGGGAGAUAGACACGACCCCGGCAAUAGGACCGAUAGGAUACUUCAGCUGCAAAAUCUACCCAAGAACUGUGGUCUGCGAAGUUUAAUAUCGCAAAUUCAUGGGGGCCCUCUUGAAAAAAUUCAAUUUAUCACCGAAGGCCAAGAUCGUACUGCCACAAGGUUCAUUCAGCUUCAUUUCACAUCCACCGGGUCUGCUCAAAGCUUCAUGCGGUAUGCACAAGCUAAAAAUUUCCAAGUAAACGGAUGCACCCUCGCCGUUGAAUGGGCUCCAAAGGCCAACAACAAGCUUUUAAAUGUGGACGUCACCGAGAUAGGAGGAAUUAUCGAUGAAAAGCUGAUAAGCAACGGGUCAGAGGGGUCGAAUGCACGGAGGUGUAUUAUCGUGAAGAAAACUGUUGACGCGAGCUCAGGUCGAUCACGAAAUAUCCACUCGAGACGGCAUGGCCCGUGUAAAUUUGACGUUAAAGAUCUUAGAGAGGACUUUGAAAAAUUCGGAGACAUUGUUGAAAUCACGCCUAUGAUAUCGCGCAAGCUUUGUGUUUCGAUAAGUUAUUUUGAUAUUAAAUCCGCAAUUGACGUUCUGCAGAGCUAUGAAAAUCCCAAUUCAUACAUGAAUAAGAAAUAUAACCGCGAGUGGUCGAUAAGUUAUGGUCGUGACAUCACAGAGACACCAUGCUACAUGAGAGUAUGA